AUGAAACGCUUUGUGAAGGAGAACGUUAAAGAGUAUGAAAGGAAUUUCACUAUUGAUGAUAGUAAUAAUAGAACAUCAUCAUCAUCCGACAAUGAAGACCAACUUGUUGCUGAAAAAUUAUUUACCGACCAAGAAGUUAUUAUUAUGAAUGAAAGAUUGAAGGAUUUAAACUUGUCAUUCCAAAAAUCUUUGAGCAAGUGUUUUAAUUUAAAUUUACCAUACAAGAUCACAACAGAGGACUCUAAAUGUUUGAUCAAAUGUAAAUCUUUAUUACCUUCCGAAGAGGAAGCAAAAACAAUUUCAUCAUGUUCCAUAUUUACUAAAGGAUUUUUCAAAUUUGAUGAAGAUUCGGGAGCAUUUACUCUUGACAAGGCUCUCAUUGGUGAAAAAUCAUUGGAUGAAGUCAAAUCAACAGCCUAUGGAUUUAUUUCUAGAGGAGAAAUUUCUACUUCAGUCAACACCCAAAAUAAUAAGAAUCAAGCUCUAUCUCACAAACAAUUAUUACACAAGGAUGUUAACGCAUAUUUAGAAAAGGAAUCUGUUUUGAAUGGUAUUGAAGAUAAAUUAAUGGCACCAGUUCUGAGGAGCUCGUCAUUCUCUAAAUCAGAAAAGAAGGAACAUGAAAAGUUGACUACUUUAUUAGAUCCAAAUUAUACACCUGCAUCUAUUGUGGAUAAGAAUGUUAAUGCAGGAAAGGGAUGGGCAAAUAUGGCUGCUCCAAGAAUGACUCCUGAAUUGAAACAAGAACUCGUUGCAAUGCAAUUAAAGAGAGCUAGUGAAGGUGAAGGAAAGAGAAUUAAAUCAUCAAGUGUUGCACAAUUUGAUGAAGAUAACAUGCCAAAAUACUUCCAAAUUGGUACCAUUGUAGAUAAUGCUAAAGAAUUUUAUUCGAACAGAGUUGUCAAAAAGAAGAGACAACAAAGUUUUUUAGAUGAGCUCAUACAAGAUGAUAAAGAACAUGGAUAUGUUUCACAACGUUAUGCACAACUCCAAGACCAAAUGGAUCAAGUUCAAAAACGUAAGAAACGAAAGCUUAUGAAAAAGAUUGCUCAAAAUAGUAAGGGAGGAUCAAGCAGUGGUGGAAGCAGUAAGAAAUAA